AUGGAUGAAAUUUUCAUAAAAGUCGACGAAACCUAUCACGAUAAAGUCGAUAGUGACGUUCAUAAUAGUGAAAUUAUUGAAAAACUACAUAAUGGACAUAAUGGUAAACCUAUUACGAAAAUAGAAAUAUCACCAAAAGGAAAAUAUCUCGUUACUUAUAGUGAAGGAGAUAAAUCACUUAUUUGUUGGAAUGUCGAAAAUGUAGAUGGGAGUCAACUUAAAUCGGAAUUUUCUGUCAAUUCUGAUAAAAGAUUAAACCAAAUAUGUAUUUCCGAUGAUAAGAAAUUUGCGUAUACUUAUAGUUGGUAUAUAGAUAUAUACCGAUAUGACAUGAUGAAUAAUCGUCAAAAAAUUGAACUAGAUUGUGACCUCAUUUACGAUGACAGUAAUCCAUAUGAUUAUUGUACUUUUAAUUUAAAAGAUGAACUUAUUUUAUAUUGUCGUGGCACAAUUUUUAUCUAUUCAACGCAAACUAAAAGUAAUCAAUGGAAUUGCAUAAGAAUGUAUAAAAAAUCAGGAAAUUUUAAAUUCAUUAGCAUAUCAAAAUAUGAUAAGCUUUAUUUAUAUUCAAAUAAUUCCAUUUAUGAAUGGAAUCUUGUUACUGAAAAAAGUAUAAAGAUAUUUGGUAAUGACAAAGAGAUGAGAUAUAUGAAGUCAGAGCUUGUCAAAAUUUCCAGUGAUGAGAAAUUUAUUUGUACAAGAGUUAUAGAUAAAAUAAUUAUUUAUUCGAUUGAAUUAGAAGUAUCAAUUGCUUCUUUUGAUAUAAAUAAUGUUAUCCAAUUACAUAUGCUUAUAAAGCAUCCUGUUUUAUAUUCUUUAUUACGUCCUUUACUAUUUUCUUUAUUGAGUAAUAUUCCAAGAAAAGGAUUUUUGAAUUCCAUGAUGGAUCAUUUACCAAAAAAACAUUUUUAUCUUCCUAAUACUAUUCGAACUACGAGCAAAUACGCGUUUGGAAUUUUGGAUGGAGAUGUUUGGAAGAUUAACUUGGAAAAAAUGGAAUUAAAUAUUAGUUUUUUAAUCAAAAAUUCUAAUGAAUUAAAUAAUGUUAAUAAUUCUGAUGAAAUUGUUGAAAAUUGGUAUUUUGAGAUUAAUGAGGACCUAUAUCAAAACAUUGUUCCUGGUAAAGAUGAUAGGAAUAAAAAAUAUGGUGAUGAAUUAAUGGACCUAAUAGAUAAUACUCUUUCUAAACCACUUAAUGAUAAGGAAACAUUUUUAAUGUAUGGUGUUGGAUUAUUAAAAUUUGCAAUUAAAGAAAAUAACUUGGAAUUAAUAGAUGAUAUCUAUAAAAAAUGUAUUAAUUAUUUUAAAGAAGAUUUAGGAAACAAUAAUAUGUCUUUAAGUAUUAUCACUUCUACAAUGUCAUUAUUGAAUGAAUAUUAUCCAGAAUAUAUUUUAAGAUAUUCAUUAGAAACUACAAUGAUUAUAGAUACACCCUUUUAUAGUACAGUACAUAAAAAUAACAAUUUACAUCUAAGUUCUUUUCAAUAUCCCCAAAUGGUUAAUAUAACUCAAACUAUUUUGUGGGCAAGAUAUAAUAUAUUUAUGAGAAAAUUACAUGAUAGGAAUAUAUAUACAUUCAUGAUAUAUAUAGUACUAAAUAUUAUUCAAUUUUUAAUAAUUCUACCCCUUUCACCUAUUUAUUUUACUACAUAUUAUAUAUUAUUAAAAUACCAUCUUAUUAAUAAUAUUUAUGUAAGUGAUAUGCUUUCUUAUUUUUAUUUAAUUCCUAGUUACUUUGUUAAUGUUUAUUAUAAAAUAUUUCCAAGAUCAACAAUUACAACACCAACAAUUAUUUUUAUGAAUCCUUAUAUUAAAUUUGUUAACUAUCCACAAAAAUAUAAUUGGUUUUUGGAAUUGAUUAAACCUAAAUCUAGUCCAUUUGUUAAAACAAUAAAUAGAGAUAUUUACAAAACAUGGAAUGGAGAAGCAUUAAUUAAUUUUAAAUGGGAUACCUAUGGAAAGUAUUAUUAUGCAGUGAUUUGGAUUGGAUUUAUAGCUUUACUUGGAUGUUUUACGGCUGCUGCAACAAUUCCUCAACAAUAUAUCAAUGAAGAAAUUCAAAAUCAACUUCUAAUUGCUUCAAUCAUACUUGGAUUUAUUCAUCUUAGUUUUGAAGUACGUCAAUUUAUUUAUAAUCCAAUUAAAUGGGCUCAUGAUUUUUGGAACUUAUUUGAUGUAAUUGCAUAUGUGCUCCCAAUUUAUACUUCUAUUCGUUGGCUUCAAACAAAUGAAACAAAUUUAAUUCCAUUACUUUCCUUUUCAUGCUUAUUUUUAGAUAUAAAAUUUUUGUUAUUUUUUAGAGCAAUAGAAUAUUUUGGUAUAUAUUUUGCAAUAAUUAUCAGUGUUGCAAAACAAAUUGUUUCUUUUUUAGUUGUUUUGUUAAUUAUUAUAAUAAGUUUUGCACAUGCAUUUUAUAUUUUAUUAACACCAAGAUCUAUAUUUUCUUUUGAUGAACUUACAAAUAAUAAUGAUCCUAAUAAUCCUUGGAAUAUAGUCUCUUCUUAUUAUCAAAUAUUUAAAAAUGGAACCAUUGAUUCUCAUCAAUUUUUAAUACAACAACCUAAUGGAAAUACUAACAUGUUUAAUGAUUUUAGAACUUCUCUUUUUGCAAUGUAUCUAUCCUUAACAGGUGAUUCAAGUGCAUUAUCCAAUUGGUCGUAUACUGAUAAUCCAUCACUUGCAAUAUUAAUUGUUUUAUUCUCAUUAUUGAUUGUUGUAUACCUUAUGAAUUUAUUUAUUGGAUUACUUAAUAAUGCAAUUGAAAAAGAUAAUGAUAGAGUCUCAUAUUUAAUGCAAAAAGCAGAGAUUCUGGCUGAAAUUGAGUUAUUUUAUUUGUUACCACAUCAGAGACGUUGGAAUUCAUGGUUUCCUGAAGUAAUAUAUUAUUAUGCCAAUGUUGAUAUGACUAGAAAAAAAAUUAAAGAAUUAAUUGAUGAUAAUGAAUGGGAUUCUAAUGAAUUCAUAGAACUCAAACAGAUUCUAAUAAAAAAACUCAAUAUUAAACAUAAUUUUAACAAAUAG